AUGAUUACUGUUAUUUGUUUAGAGGGUUGUCAUGGGUCAGGUAAGACAGAACUAUGUAAAUAUCUAUCAAAACAUGGAGUAAAGAUUCUAGACGAAGCAUUCCUCGAUAUGCCAUCGUUUAGUGGCAUACCACCACAAAGUUUGACGAUGGAAACCGUUUGGAUCAGUAAUUGGAUGCAAAGAGUUAUGCAUAUUAAAAAUAAACAUACCUUUGAAUCACAUAAUAACACAACCAAUAACAAUAACACAACAAAUAAUGUAAAUAAUAAUAAUAGUACCAGUAAUAGUAAUAGUAAACAACCACUUUCAACAGUUUAUAUAGCAGAUAGAUCACCAUACUCGGCAGUAUUAUAUGCUCGUGACCAUGGAAGAUUAUUGGAUCCAGUGAUUCGUAUUCAAAUCGAGGAACUUCGAAAGUAUGCAGACAUUGAUAUUAGAACAGUCUAUCUCAAGGUAUCAAAGAACAUGUUGUGGGAUCGUAUCGAAAAGAGAUUGGCACGUGAACCGUCUCGUCGUCUCUACGGUGAACAUGAAUACAAGUGGAUGGAAGAUAGUGUAGACUUUUACGACAGUCAAAAGUGGGAUCUAACAGUCAGCAACAACGACAAUAUUCCAGAUGUCGAUCGUGUUCAAUCCAUCUUUAAUCAUUUUAAUUUAGAAUUUCCAAAGUCUAUCCUUCUUGAUGAUGACAGACAAGAAUAA